CUCGCCUGCCGCCAUGUCGCCCAGGCGUUUCUGGUCCCCGACACAGCAGCACCAUCCUCGCCGCCGACGUCACCCGCGCCUGCUCUGCUCCUACAUCAAUCGCCACCCCCAUCCCCUCCCGCUCCGCUACAUCAAUGCGCAGCCGGCGAUGGCCGCUCCCACCGGCUACGCUGCCGCACCCCUCCGCGGCCUUGCGCUCCCGCUGCUGCUGCUCUCCGCCGUCAUCCUGCUCGCGCUCGCGCCCUCCUCCUCCACCGCCGCCGCCGCGGCGGCCCGGGCGUGCACGUACACGCUCCGGGUGAAGACGUCCUGCGCGUCGCCGGCGCCGCGGUCGUCGGACGCCGUGAGCGUCGCGUUCGGGGACGCGUACCGCAACGAGGCCCACGCGCCGCGGCUCCCCACGUCGGGCGGGCGCGCGCUGGAGCGGUGCGGCACCGACACGUUCCGCGUGCCGGGCCCCUGCGGCUACGGCGUCUGCUACCUCUACCUCCGCCGCGACGGCCGCGACGGUUGGGCGCCCGAGUGGGUGCAGGUCGUCCAGCCCGGCCCGCGCGCGCCGGCCGCGGCCACCUUCUACUUCGGCGACCCGCUGCCCGACGGCGUCUGGUACGGCCACGACCGGUGCCCCAAGGCCAAGGGCAAGGCCGCCGGCGCUGACGAUGGUGAGCACCCGGCGGCGGCGACCACCGACGACGCGCCGCUCGCCAGCAACUUCACGGGGAUGAAACCACCGAUCCAACCGCAACCUUGACCCACCAGAGAACCAGAGCAUUCUCGAAACUUCGACAGCGUCCAUGGAUUGGUGCAUUGGAGUCGCCUAGCUCUGCUUCUUCGCCUGUUCGCAUCAAUAUAAGCAACGAUUAAUAAGAGCAAUGUUCGCGCCCCUAUUUGCGUAUGUGGAUUUGAAUCGGCAGCUGAGAUUGUUCA